AUGGCGACGUCGAGGGCCGCUCUCUGCGCUGUUGCGGUUGUGUGCGUGGUGCUUGCGGCUGCCUGCGCGCCUGCGCGCGCGAUAUACGUGGGCACGCCGGCUGCUGCGCUGUUCGAGGAGUUCAAGCGGACGUACCAGCGCGCGUACGGGACGCUGACCGAGGAGCAGCAGCGGCUGGCGAACUUCGAGCGCAACCUGGAGCUGAUGCGCGAGCAUCAGGCGAGGAACCCACACGCGAGGUUCGGGAUCACGAAGUUCUUUGACCUGUCGGAGGCGGAGUUCGCCGCGCGCUACCUGAACGGCGCCGCGUACUUCGCAGCGGCGAAGCAGCACGCCGGCCAGCACUACCGCAAGGCGCGCGCGGACCUGUCGGCGGUGCCUGAUGCGGUGGACUGGCGCGAGAAGGGCGCCGUGACGCCGGUGAAGAAUCAGGGUGCGUGCGGGUCGUGCUGGGCGUUCUCGGCGGUCGGCAACAUCGAGUCGCAGUGGGCCGUUGCCGGCCACAAGCUGGUGAGGCUGUCGGAGCAGCAGCUGGUGAGCUGCGAUCACGUGGACAAUGGUUGCGGCGGCGGGCUGAUGCUGCAGGCAUUCGAGUGGGUGCUGCGAAACAUGAACGGGACCGUGUUCACGGAGAAGAGCUACCCCUACACGUCCACCUUUGGUUAUGUGCCCGAGUGCUCGAACAGCAGUGAACUCGCUCCCGGUGCGCGAAUCGACGGGUACGUGUCGAUGGAAAGCAGCGAAAGAGUUAUGGCUGCGUGGCUUGCGAAGAAUGGCCCCAUCUCGAUUGCGGUCGACGCCAGCUCCUUUAUGUCUUACCAUAGCGGCGUCCUGACCAGCUGCAUUGGUGAGCAGCUGAACCACGGCGUGCUGCUCGUUGGGUACAACAUGACUGGUGAGGUUCCGUACUGGGUGAUCAAGAACUCGUGGGGUAAGGACUGGGGCGAGAAGGGCUACGUGCGCGUGACCAUGGGGGUGAACGCGUGCCUGCUCACUGGGUACCCCGUGUCCGUGCAUGUGUCGCAGAGCCCCACCCCUUAUCUCUAG